AUGGCAGCGCACUUUCAAGACGACAAUGAGCAUGAGAAUGCCCUAGGUAAUACAAGCUUCGAGGCAAACCAAGGUCAGCACUCAAACGAAAACAGCGAAGGCGAGAAUAAUAAUGACUACGAAAACUCAAGCGACGACGAAGGAAGUCUCUACGGCCUGGAUGAAGAGCAAAAAGCCAUCGUCAAACGGUUCUCCGCGGUCGGAAAGUUCAUCAGAGCAAAACAUGAGGGAUCCCUCGGCAUGACGCUGAUCGGGCCUACGAACAACGUGUAUUCCCAGGUGACUGCUUCCGUCUCGCGCGGGUCGCGGUAUGAUCCCGAGUGGGUUACGCCGUUGGAUGAUCCGGAUAGGGGAUUUGUGCAGGCAACGCAUGAGGUUUUUGAACUAUACAAACGCAAGAAGAAAUACAUCAAGCACCGCGGCAGCUCCCAUCUCUACCACGACGAGGAACAAUGGCUGUACUUCGACUGUGAAGCCGAUCCCUACUACGAGAACACGGUCCCUGGAACAGUUACGGGCGAGGGCUACGCAAGCGAAUGCUGGGAGUACCUCGAGGACUCGCAGACCUGGCUAAGCGGCGACGCCAUGGUCCUCAUGUCCGAGCUACCGAACCCAAGGGGGAGCCAGCUGCUUCGACGGCUCGACGAGCUGCGACGGGCAGAUGUCGAGCUCGGUACGAACCCAGAACAAGACUCGCUCGACUUGAUCGAAUUCAUCGGCGACAACGCCGUCCGCUCCGUGACCUUCGGCCGCAAACCGCUCGACGAGCGGGACGCAGUCGAGGUCCUCUACGGCGUGCUGAACCGGAGGGAUGUAUUCAUGGAUUUCACGACGCUAUGCGAUAUCGGGCCGCAGUGGCUGAGCGAGGGGUCGGAGAUGUGCAUAGGCAUGUGGAAUUUCAUCUGGCAGGUUAUACUGACCACGGAGCUUGCGCGGCGGCUCGAGAAAGGGCACGGAUUGCAUUCGGGGUUUACGGCGCAAAUCCUGGCCUCGUUGAUUGUUUCGGAGCUUUGGUUAAAGAACGUGCAGCUGGUUCUGGUGGAUGCCCCGGUGGACCUGCCUGGUGGAGUGAAGGAACCUGUCUGGAGGCAGAUGGCAAAGGCGAGAGAUGUUGCGAAACGGGCAGAUGAAGCGAUAAAGGCGAGCUCGAAAGAGGAAGCAUCCGAGCUGUACGAGGAGGUGCUCAGGGAGGCUUCUGGGUGGAAGCAACUCGCCCCGAACGAUGCCAAAGCAUGGGAACUAAUCGGGAAAGCCUGGCAGGGGCUCGAUAACACAAAGCAGGCAAUCGCAUCGUAUACCCGCGCCGUCGAGCUCGCGCCGCCAAACGAGAAGGACACAUAUCAGAACCAACUCACCGACGCCGAGCUCGCCUAUAGUGUCGAGCGCAACCUAGCUGGUAUGAUCGACGACCCCAUCAAGCGCGACACCCUUGAAAAGAAGCUCCGAGACCAGGACUGGGCCCUCCUAGGCAAGAACUACGAGGGCCAUUCAAUCGUCCACAAGCGCCAGGAAGAAGGACUGCUCGCAUUCGCUGAGGCCAUCCGCUGGCCGUAUAUUGACGAGGUCCGUGAACGUCUUCACGAGAUCUACCCCAGCCUCCGUAAGGGCGCUACUAUCCCCGCUAGCCUACACGACUGGCUGUUCGGUGUCAUGCUCCCCGGGAAGUGGUUUGCGUACACUGUUAUGAAUGCCCUCGUCGCCUGCUCGCCCGAAUCAGCGAGGCCCGAGUUCGGGCAGUCAUCUUUCUACUUUGGUUUGAUCCUUCCGGGUGUCAGCUACUGGCGCUCGAGAACCGCGAUUGGCCGCGUCCUAGGGGCUUACCCCGGUGUUGUCGCCUUGAACGGCUGGCUUGGUCCCUGUCCUGAAGUCCGCGUCUAUCUUGAUUGGGACAAUACGGGACCCCGCUGGAUCCGCGUCACCUCAGACGCUAUAGCACCGGAUAUCCAAAGCCAGAGAUUCGACAACGACAGCGAGGAUGAGGAUGAAUUCGGCCCAGGCAGCAUGCAACCCACAGAGGACGACGACAUCGAUUCCUAUGAGAAUGAGAUCCAAGAUCCAGAUGCUUGGUCCACACUCUCUCCACCGCAAGUCCAAAUCCAAAUCCAAAACCAAGCGCAACCGCCCCCAGAUCCAAUCGAGCUCUCCCACAUCCGCGUCCGCGCCGAGCCUCUCGAAGGAGCGCAGCUCAUGACAGACGCCCAGCGCGCCUCUGAAACAAGAUACACAGCCGAAAUCGCCUUCAGCAUGAAUGGAUACAUAGUCACAUUCCCGCUCCGGACGACGCCGGCAUUCAUCACACCACCUCGAUGCUACCCUCCCGAGAAAGCCGAUGCGCAUCAGGUGCAUCGCCGGGAAGCAGAGCGGUACCAGACGCGUGUGUGGACUGCGCAUGAGUUGCAAGACCGCCGUGCUCAGGAUGUGUCGGCGCUUGAGACGAUUGUUAUCUGUGUGACGGAGGGCGUCGAGGAGGUGGUAGCGAGGGCGUGGUGUGCGAGAGAGGGGGUUAGUGCUGUGGUGAGGAGGGUAGGCGGGCCUUGUUAUCGGUGUACGUUAGGGGCGGCGGGGAUGCGGGGAUUGAGGGUUGGUGUUUUGAUCUGGGUCGAGUCGUGA